CUCUGUAACGGAUAACAGUGCUCGAGGAUUUCAAGUUAGACCACCGUCAGCGUGCGGAACCAGUAGGGUAACGUGACCAGAGAAGGACAGAAUGCUGUUCAGUCAAACCGGAGCACCGACCAAGGACAUUUUGAUUCAUUUUUAACUUUUUGGAGCUAUUUGACCAAUUAAACUUGAUUUWAAAAAAAAUAGUCACAGAGCACACAUAAACCAGCAUUUACCAGACAAAGAUCAGUAUCAAACUUCAUGCGGACGUGAGAAGAGAAGUGAUGAGGACAGUUUGGACAAGAUACCCAUGACAUAGUUGGAAUAAUAAUCUUCUGUUUUUUUUAUGGAACCACUUAAUGCCAAUCUAUGACAGUUGGGGAAGUUGUUUUCAAACCUUUAAUUCUCAACUGGGAGAGAAGGCCUAUCAAAACAAACAUUUUCUGACGUGUUACUCAAAGGAUCCUUAGAGAAUCUUAUUUACACCUUGCAGACAGGACUCCUGUCGAUUAUGGCGAAGACCUUGUUCAUCUGUUUCCCACUGGUUCUCCUGGCGGGACAUCUACUCGUGGUUACCGGACAAGCCACCCGAACACCGGUUUCGCAAGACGCGCGCCCAGACGUCCAUCCGUCCGCCACCCAGAAACCAGUAAUCUCUGGUAGAGAGGACAGGUUCAACGCCAAUGUCUCCACUGCUCGGCGUAUGCGACCUUUACCACCGAUGUGCUCGGGACCCACCGAGAUCAGAGACACAUUUAAGUACAUCAACACGGUAGUAUCAUGUCUCGUGUUUGUUGUCGGUAUUAUCGGGAACUCCACGCUACUCAGAAUCAUUUACCGGAACAAGUGCAUGCGCAACGGGCCCAAUAUUCUCAUAGGCAGCCUGGCGCUGGGAGACCUGCUGCACAUUGUGAUUGAUAUUCCCAUUAACGUGUACAAGCUCCUAGCGGAGGACUGGCCAUUUGGUGUGGCUCUGUGUAAACUGGUGCCUUUUGUCCAGAAAGCUUGGGGCAUUACUGUGCUGAGCCUGUGUGCUCUGAGCAUCGACAGGUACCGAGCAGUAGCGUCGUGGAACCGUAUCAAGGGGAUCGGUGUUCCCAAGUGGACGGCUAUAGAGAUCGCACUCAUCUGGCUGCUGUCCAUCCUGCUGGCUGUCCCUGAAGCUAUAGCCUUUGACAUGAUCGCCAUGGACUACAAAGGAGAGCACCUCCGCAUCUGUCUACUACACCCCAUGCAGAAUUCAGACUUUAUGAGGUUCUAUAAGUCAGCUAAGGACUGGUGGCUGUUCAGUGUGUAUUUCUGCCUGCCUCUGGCCGUUACCGCCGUCUUCUACACCCUGAUGACUUGUGAGAUGCUGAGGAAGAAGAACGGAGUCCAGAUCGCCCUGAGUGACCAUCUCAAACAGAGGCGUGAGGUGGCUAAGACAGUGUUCUGCCUGGUGUUGGUGUUUGCCCUGUGCUGGUUGCCUCUCCAUCUCAGCCGCAUCCUCAAGCUCACCAUCUAUGAUGAGAAAGACCCUAACCGCUGUGAACUGCUCAGUUUCUUCCUGGUUCUGGACUACAUCGGGAUCAACAUGGCGUCUCUUAACUCCUGCAUCAACCCCAUCGCUCUCUACAUGGUCAGCAAGCGUUUCAAGAUCUGCUUCAGGUCAUGUCUGUGUUGCUGGUGUCUGCCAGCUGAGAUGUUGAUGGAUGAGAAACAGUCCUGUAUGAAGCUCAAAGUCUCAGACCGGGCCUCCGACCAGAGCAACUCACGUGCUACUAACAAGUACACUUCAGCAUGAGAGGGGCCCUGCGCAGUGCAGAGAAGUACUCAACGAAGUAACCUAUGAUCUACCUUAAAGGACUAAUUGAAGAUCAGUCAUAUAACCUGAUUCUGACUUAAACCAUUAUGACAAGGUUAUAUGAAGUGCCCUUAUUCAGGUAUAGUUGAUGUAGUUUUAAACCACUUGGAGAAAAUAAGUGCCCUAAUUCAGUAAAGUCUCCUCUGACUGGAGGGUGAAGUACUCAAGUACACUUUGAGUGUUGCCUAUGAAAGUGAAUGGUCUGGGAUGUGUAGCUGGGAGAGGGUUGAUGGAAAAGAGGAUGAUUGGGGGAAGGAGGAGUGGAUGGAUGUUUAGACAAUUAAAUAUCAGUAUUAUUGAUAAUGAAUGGCACAACAUAGGGUGAUCAUAUUGUAGAGAAAUGACAUUGCCGGGUGUGGCUGUUCCUGAUUAGAACCUCUAUAUGAAUGUUCAUAAGAUACAUGACAUAAGCCAAACCCAAUGAGGCGUCAUAGUGCAAAUGCCUGAUUUGAGACAUCCGGAACAUUAUAUGAACAUUGCAAGUAGGUUGUAAAAACGUUGUUAGUUAUACAGUAUAAUAUCUGAACAUAUCCCAUAUACUUUAGAGUUAAUUCAUUUUUAUACCUUUGUUAAAUUGCUUUUACACUGUUUGAUAUUGUUACCAGUGGAGGCUGCUGAGGGGAGGACGGCUCAUAAUAAUGGCCGGAACGGAGCAAAUGGAAUGGCAUCAAA